GGACAAAAUAUCAGGCCACAGAUACAAACAGCUUUAUCUAUGAUAUCAUUACCGACGUUUCUCUUCUUGCUUCCCUUUCAUAGUAAUAAUUCCACUCAUCCUUCUUCUCUCUUUUUCCAAUAAAUCCCAAAAUAUAUAUCUUUUUUUGUUUAAUUUUUUUCUGCUUAUGUGUUUAGAGUUUUCAGUAUUUCUGCAGAAAGUUAUGUUGUUUCAGAUCCCAAUAUAAAUUUAAGCUUCGAAUAGUAAAAUCACUGAGUGGCUUUAUGAUUUUCUUCAUCAAAAAUAUACAUCAAAUCAGAAGAAAAUAGUACAUAAAAGAUUCUCUUUUUUUUCUCUUUCACCAGUGUUGCUGCUGCUGGAUAGAAGAAGAAAAAAACAAAAUUGACACAGAUUUAUAUUUGUGAAGAUUAACAAAAGAAAAUAAUAUGCAACAAGAACAAAGAGGACUAGGGCUAAUGGGUUCUAGUAGUACUACUGGUUUAGGUGGCGGUGAUAUUUCAUCUAUGAUGAUUUCUUCGGAGGAUCAUCAUAAUCGGAAUUUGAAUCAUCAAAAUCAAUUGAAAGGUGAAAUUGCUACACAUCCUUUGUAUGAACAGCUACUUUCAGCACAUGUAGCAUGUCUUCGUGUAGCUACGCCGAUUGAUCAGUUGCCAUUAAUUGAUGCUCAGCUCUCGCAAUCUCAUCAUUUAUUGAGAUCUUAUGCUUCUUCUCAACAGCAGCAGCAGCAACAACAUCAUUCGCUUUCUCAUCAUGAAAGACAAGAGCUCGAUAAUUUCUUGGCACAGUAUUUGUUAGUUUUGUGUUCGUUUAAAGAACAGCUUCAGCAGCAUGUCAGAGUCCAUGCUGUUGAAGCUGUUAUGGCCUGCCGUGAAAUUGAGCAAAAUUUACAGCUUCUUACAGGAGCAACCCUUGGAGAGGGAACAGGUGCUACAAUGUCUGAUGAUGAAGAUGAACUACAAAUGGAUUUUUCAUUAGAUGUAUCUGGAGGUGAUGCACAUGACUUAAUGGGAAUGGGAUUUGGUCUUCCUACUGAAUCUGAAAGGUCUUUAAUGGAGAGGGUCAGACAAGAACUCAAAAUUGAGCUCAAACAGGGAUUUAGAUCAAGAAUUGAAGAUGUGAGGGAGGAGAUAUUGAGAAAGAGAAGGGCAGGAAAGUUGCCUGGUGACACCACUACUGUUCUAAAGAAUUGGUGGCAACAACACUCAAAAUGGCCUUAUCCAACUGAGGAUGAUAAGGCAAAACUUGUGGAGGAAACAGGAUUACAGCUGAAGCAAAUCAAUAACUGGUUCAUCAAUCAAAGAAAGCGCAAUUGGCAUAGCAACUCACAGUCUGUGACAUCUCUAAAGUCCAAACGCAAGAGAUAAAAAAACAAACGUCAAAAUCAAGCAACAGAUAUAUAGGUAUCAUGAUGGUGAUAUGAAGAAUUCUGAACUGUCAAUUGUGAUCUCUAUGACAUGGGGAAAAUGUUAGGUAAUUCGCGUAGUUUAGGACGGAUUGUAAUAUAUGGUACUCAGAAUUGGUAAACAUAUAUGGUAGAUUUGUGUUUUCAGUAUACAAACUAACUGUACUUUUGAGCUAUGGAGUAUUGACACUUUUUCUUGUAAUGCUGGUAAUUGCUUAGUAUUUCAA